GCCGUCAGAGAGCCAUUCGACAACCACUCGCCGUCGCGCGCGCAACAUGACGAGGCUCUCACUGCUUCUGCACCUCGUGUUGCUGCUUGGAGCAGCAUGCGCGGCGCCGGCGCCGGAGCCGGGCCGGGUGCCGAAGGUGUACAACGCGCUCAUCACAUCCAACCAGAACCUGGAACCCAGCAAAGCCUACCCGGUGUAUCAGCCGGUGUUGCACGACCCCUUCGGCUUCCCGUACUCGCCUUUCGUGUAUGGGGACUACCCUAUCAGUAAUGGUUUGAUCCCGGUUCCUGCGCCAUCUCCCAAGGGACAGCCAGCACCUGCACCUCCUGCUCCAUCCCCAGAGUCACCGCCGAAUCCUGCAGAAGCUCCGUCCGAGGAUAAAACUCCCUCCAGCGAGAUUCCGCCACCUGAGCCGCAGCCUGAAUCCGACAGCAACAAACCGACGCCCGCGCCGCCGCUCCCGCCUAACACAGAAUCCCCCAUACCGCUAAAUGAAUUCGGCUUGCCUUCUCAAGUUUUGCCAUUGGGACGGGUUAAUCCAGCUUAUAAUGGAUUCACGCAAGUCGGCCCAUUCACCUACCCGUACAGCCCGUACACGUACUCUGGCUUCAGAUUCUACGACCCGUAUGAUCCGUUUAGCUUUAACCCGUACGCAAAUUUGCCGCCUUUAUAUAGACCAUUGGCGAAUACAUUGGUACCGCAAGGUCCUGCGCUGGUUCCCGCCAGGGCUGGGCCCGCAGCGCCAGCGCCCGCACCUGCGCAAAGUGCAGACGCGCCUCCCUCCGAACCAAAUGACCUUAACCUCCUCAACUAUGCGUCGAAGGACCCCGCUAUACCUAAUGUGCCUCCGCCUCCACUACCAAGCGGUGGACUAAAAACUGAUAAGUCAGAAUAAUGGGGAAACGGCAGACUUGGACAUAUUUCUUUUAGUCCACAAACAGUAGAUCAAGAUAUACCUAUACACUCCCCAAACA